AUGGGAGGGUUUCACACGAAAGACAUCUCCGAGACCAGGGACCCUCGAAAGACCAUACGACGGAAGUCUGAUGAUGCGCUCAGAACAGACGUCAGGCAGAACAGACACAGGGACAUACACGAACCGGAGGAGGAGCCCACAGAGACGGAACUUCCAACGACCACAGAGACGGAACUUCCAACGACCACAGAGACGGAACUUCCAACGACCACAGAGACGGAACUUCCAACGACCACAGAGACGGAACUUCCAACGACCACAGAGACGGAACUUCCAACGACCACAGAGACGGAACUUCCAACGACCACAGAGACGGAACUUCCAACGACCACAGAGACGGAACUUCCAACGACCACAGAGACGGAACUUCCAACGACCACAGAGACGGAACUUCCAACGAGACACCUCGGCGAAGAACAACAGGCAUAG